AAAUCACGCGAGACUGCUUUGAGUUGACCAGAUGCCACGUCUGAGAAAGAAUUGAUAUAAUGAAGUGGUAGCGUAGGCUGUAUUAGAGUAGAAAACGGUUCGUAUAUUAUUUUUGACUGUUUCUAUCACGGGCUUCUGACUCAUUGGCUGGUUCAAUGGCCUCUGUACAUCUUCUAAUACUUGCAGUGCUCUGCACAAUAAUGGUGCUGACUGUGGCUCACUCUCAUUCCCAUGGUGCUCACGGACACGCUCACUCACACGGCCACCAUGGCCACUCGCACUCGCAUGGGGGAGGUGGCUGCCACGGCCACUCUCACGAGGUACCGGGGGUGAGGAUGCAUCACGGUGCCAGCAAGUGGAGCGCCGAAGCUAAUCUCCCUCCGCCGGAAGAUUUGCAUGGGCACUCGCACUCCCAUGGACAUGACCAUGGCAAUGAGGAGCCCCACGACCAAGACGAGGAACUGUACGGUCACUCCCACAACCCCAAGGAUGCAGAGGAACAUGGCCACGCCCACAGUGAAGCCCAUGGCCACGCCCACAGUGAAGCCCAUGGCCACGCCCACAGUGAAGCCCAUGGCCACACCCACUCUCAUGGCCACUCCCAUUCCCAUGGUGCAGAGCGCCCUAGGCGAGAUGUAGCAGGAGAGAAGAGAACCAUGGUCGAGCUGUGGAUGCAGGCAAUUGGCGCCACCGUGCUGAUCAGCGCCGCCCCCUUCCUCAUCCUCUUCUUCAUCCCAGUCCAGUCCAACACCGACCAGCACCAGAAUCUCCUGAAGGUCCUGCUGAGCUUUGCGUCUGGGGGUCUGCUUGGAGACGCGUUCCUACACCUUAUUCCGCACGCUCUCGAGCCUCACUCUCACCAUGGAAGCGAGGAGCACAGCCACUCACACGCCCCGGCAGAGUCACAUGAUCAUGGUCACUCGCAUGGUGGCGCUCAUGGUCACAUGAUGUCCGUGGGACUUUGGGUCCUGGGUGGGAUCAUAGCCUUCCUAGUGGUUGAGAAAUUUGUGCGUCUUCUGAAGGAUGGAGACGGACACGGACAUGGACACUCCCAUGCUGCUCCAAAAGCCAAAUGUAAUGAUGGGGAAGAAGAAAAAGAGAAGGAUGGUGAGAAAGAUGGAGUGAAAAAAGGCAAAAAAAUAGGGGCAGAAAAGAAAGAGAAGAAGAGCAAUGACAUCAAAGUGUCAGGCUACCUUAACCUGGCGGCCGAUUUCACGCACAACUUCACGGACGGUCUGGCCAUCGGCGCCUCGUUCCUGGUGAGCUCUGGGGUGGGAGCGGUUACCACCCUCACCAUCCUGCUGCACGAGGUGCCCCACGAGAUCGGCGACUUCGCCAUCCUGGUCCAGUCGGGGUGCACCAAGAGGAAGGCCAUGUGUUUGCAGCUCCUGACAGCCCUGGGCGCUCUGGCGGGCACCGCCUGCUCCCUGUUUGCCGAAGGUGUGGGGGCCGCCGCCACGGCCUGGAUCCUGCCCUUCACGGCGGGGGGCUUUGUGUACAUCGCCACGGUGACGGUGCUGCCUGAGCUGCUGGCGGGGCGAUCCUCCCUGGGUCAGUCGGUGCUGGAGGUUCUGGCUAUGCUGCUUGGAGUGGGCAUGAUGGUCCUGAUUGCAGAGUAUGAGUGAGAGGGAGAGACGGAAGGGUGGGGGGGCGAGGAAGGAAAGGGGGGUGGGUGAGAUGGAGAGAGUAAGCUGAGAGGGAGGGGUCUGCAAUAUUAAUGACACCUAUGUAUGUAGGUGGGUGGGGGUUCCAUAUAUAAAGAGACUUGACCAGAGGUCCAUAAACAUGACCAAAGGAAACUGGGAACAUGGUGGACUCGGUUCACAAAAUGGCCGAUGCUGAGAUCCAGGGAUAUAUUGCAGGAUUGAGGUGUGCGCAAACUUGAAAUGGGUAGUUUUCAUUCUACCAAAUGUUUUGGCACAAGUGACAGUCACUGUGGCAGCAUUAGGGGUCCUCAUGCUGAGCCAGAGGUGGCAGGGGUAGAUGGGAAUUGUAGUUCCUAAUCCAGCCAUCUGAAUACCAUGUAGAGUGAGUGACCGAAAAGAUUACAAAGGAUUUACUAUUUUUGCCUGUGUGCAAAGGGCAGGGUUAUAUAUUUCCAGGUUAGUACAUUUGCCUUUAACCAAGUCUGUUUGCUGACAUUAGGUCAUUUAAAGCAUCAGUCAAACCAAGCAGUGGAUAUUUUUGCUAGAUUGAAUUGUUAUAAAAAAGGAUGUAUAGAAUAGACUUCUUUUUAGUGUAAGUUGAGUGCCUGAAUCUGGCAGCAUGUUAUUUCUUUUAUACAGUUUAUCAUUUUAGUACAGUUGGCUUCGACACCCUACCGUUUCGUAAUAGUCUUCAGUGUCUCAGAGCUUUAAAAAAACUGGACUGAUUAUUGUCUAAUUGUCUUCUGUAAUCAUGUAUCGCUACAUCGUGACCCGCGGCUUCAGCAGGCCAAACGCCUGACUAUAUGACACUGACAUGUAGAGAUGUUUGAUUUUUUUUUUCUUACCUAUUUUGCUCAGUGUUUUAUAAAUUCUUUUUUGAUUUUCUAAUGUUCACGCAGAAUGUGUGCAAGACUUUCUAUAUUUUGAAUGUGACCAGAAUUUGUGGGGUUUUUUUUUUCAGUUUUGUGGAGAGCAAAAUUGAUGCUUAUGCCGUGAUAUGAACUCCCACUGCAUUUAACCAAGAACUGAAAUAAACCACUAGGUCCACCAAGUUCGUUUGUUUUAUUAGCUCACCCAGGCAUGCUCAAAUGGUCGGUCAGACAAUCGAUGCUGAAGCUAUCGACUGUAAAUCCAUCCACCCUUCUUACCCAUGUGACGUGUGUGUGUGUGUGUGUGUGUGUGUGUGUGUGUGUGUGUGUGUGUGACCACAAGUUAGCUUUUAUGAUCGGUGUGUUAAAUGGAUGGGAGAUAAAAAUGAGCUUGAGAAGCUUUGUUUCGCAUUGAUUUUGUGCUAGAAAAUAAAAAUUAUUAAAAAUAUAAAAA